CAACACUCCUUCUCUGUUUAUAAAUAAUCUCAUUUGUCCCUUUGAAAUUGAUAAUUUAUCAAACAUGAAUUGAAUACUAUUUAUAUUCUCCUCCCAUUUUUUCUCCAAACUCCCAAAAAGAUAAAUUGUUGAACAUAUCUUCAACUCUUUUUUUUAUUAUUAUUUAUCAUCAAAAAAAUAAAAAAAAUGGAUUUAAGAGAAAUUGGAGCUACACUUCCCCCUGGGUUUAAAUUUUGCCCCAGUGAUGAAGAGUUAAUUUGUCAUUAUCUCUAUAAUAAAACUGCUAAUGAAAAAGGAUUGGUUCUUAAUUUUAGUUUAGUGGAAAUUGAUCUUCACACUUGUGAGCCAUGGCAGCUUCCUGAGGUGGCAAAGCUCAACUCUAGUGAAUGGUAUUUCUUCAGCUUCCGAGAUCGAAAGUACUCUACUGGAUUUUGGGCGAAUCGGGCCACAAUUUCGGGUUAUUGGAAAGCUACGGGUAAGGAUCGAAUCGUGCUCGAUCCUCAAACCAGUAAUGCUAUUGGGAUGAGAAAAACUUUAGUCUUUUACAAGAAUAGAGCUCCUAAUGGCAUUAAAACAGACUGGAUCAUGCAUGAAUUUCGACUUGAAAAUCCCCAUAUACCCCUUAAGGAAGAUUGGGUAUUAUGUCGAGUAUUUUACAAAAAUAAAGGUGAGAACAACAACAAUUGUACAAACAAACUUAGCUCACAAAACAAGUGUGAGGCAAUUGUCACUUCUUCAAAUGUGUCACAAUCUCCUAUCUAUAUGAACCAACAUUCAUUGAAUUGUGACAUUAAAUACCAAAACUCACCCCAUCAAAUUAUCCAAAACUCAAACAUAAUACAUCAUCAUUUGUUUGAUUUAUUAGUAAAAGAUCAUCUUGAAACAACUCGACUGACCGAGUGCAGCCAAGAGGAUGAUCAGUACGGAUUGUUAUUCGAUAUGGAUUUUGAAGAAUCGUAUGUUCAAGAUGAACAAAUUCAUUCUAGCCUCGAAGACAUGAGAUUCGAUGAUGAAAAUAGCGCGAUUUUAAUUUGAAUUGUUGAUAUGAUUGGUAGCAAUGAUUAAUUAGUAAUUAUAUUAUAUAUAUGUUGAAUUUGUGAAAGUUUCUUUCUAGUUUUUGUUUAUGAAUUGAGAAUUGUAACAAGUUGAUUGAA